ACGGCGUCUCUCCACUCCCUCACCUCGUCGCCCUCGUCGCCUGCGCUCAACUGUGCCGCGCAGCGCCCUCGUCCAGCCUCGCCCGUUCCGUGCGCCUCGUCUACGCACGCCCACGCCGUCGGCGCCUCGCCGCUGCCCAGGCGAGCCUGCUCGCGCCCACCGCGCUCGCGCAGCACCGCUCCCGACCUCGCAGCCCAGCAUGGCCGUCGUCUCGCGCCUGCGUCCGCGCAUCGACGCCGCCAAGGCAGAGGCGCUGAGCCUCGCCGUGCGCGGCGGCGUCGCCUACCGUCAGAACCACGUCGUGAUCCAGCGCCUGCUGCGCUUCGCCUACGGCGCAUACAUCGUGCUCGGCACGUACAAGAGCCUCACGCCCAAGCCCAAGAAGAAGAAGGCGCCCGACGCCGCCGUCGGUGCCGCGUCGUCGGAGCGCGAGAAGGCGGCGCUGGCGGCUGCGCCGCCGCCGGAGGAGGAGGCAGCUGUGGGCGGCCGCGGCAAGAAGAAGGGCAAGGGCCGCGCACCUCGCGUUGAGGUUGAUGCCGUCUUCUUUGCCCGCCUGCGCAAGCUGCUGCACAUUGUGAUCCCGUCGCUGCGCUCGCGCGAGUCUGCGCUGCUCGUGGGCCACACGGUGUUCCUAGUGCUGCGCACGAUGCUCUCGCUCUACGUCGCCGACCUCGACGGCCGCAUCGUGUCUGCGCUCGUGCGCGGCCAGGUGCGGCAAUUUGCCAUGGGCAUCCUCUGGUGGAUGGCUGUCGCCGUGCCGGCCACGUACACAAACGCCAUGAUCGAGUUCCUGCAGUCCAAGAUCGCGCUCUCGUAUCGCGCGCGGCUAACGGAGAAGGUGCACGACAUGUACCUCAGCGACACGACGUACUACAAGCUCGGCAACCUCGAUGACCGGAUCCGUAACGCAGACCAGCUGAUUGCAGUCGACGUGGCCAAGUUCUCGAACUCGCUGGCAGAAUGCUACAGCAACGUGUCCAAGCCGAUUCUGGACGUGCUGAUCUACAACUACCAGCUCUCGCGCAACGUCGGCGCCGAGGGUCUGAUCCUGAUCAACCUGCUGGUGCAGGGCAGUGCCGCCCUCCUGCGCGCCCUCACGCCGCCUUUCGGCCAGUACGCGGCCGAGGCACAGCGGCUUGAGGGCGAGUUCCGCUGGAGCCACUCGCGGCUCAUUGAGAACUCGGAGGAGAUUGCCUUCUACCGCGGCCAAAUCACGGAGAAGAGCUCCAUCGAGCGCGCCUACUUCAGCCUGAUCAAGCACGUCAACCGUGUAUACCGCAUCCGCAUUGGCCACGGCAUGAUCGAGGAGGGCAUCAUCAAGUGGCUCUGGGGCAGCCUGGGCCUGGUCAUCUGCGCCAUUCCCGUCUUCGCCAAGAUCCCCGGCGUCAAGGUCGGCGACAUGGGCUCGCGGACAGAGGCCUUCGUCACGAAUCGCCGCCUGCUGCUCUCGAGCAGCGACGCCUUCGGGCGCGUCAUGUACUCGUACAAGGAGAUCGCCGAGCUGGCUGGCUACACGGCGCGCGUGUCGGGCCUACUCGACUCGAUGGAGGAGGUCAAGGCGGGCCGCUUCCAGAAGAAGCUCGUCUCGUCGGCCAGCGACCCGGAGAACGCGGCACUGCUGAAGAGCCGCGGCACCAUCGUCGAGUCUGCCGACAUCAUCUUCGAGAACGUGCCGAUCGUGACACCGGCCGGCGAGGUGCUGAUCAAGAGCAUGAGCUUCCACGUCAAGCCGGGCAUGCCCACGCUCAUUCUCGGCCCGAACGGCUGCGGCAAGAGCUCCCUCUUCCGUCUGCUCGGCGAGCUCUGGCCCUGCCUCGGCGGCACCAUCCACAAGCCGAAGCCGUCCGAGAUCUUCUACGUGCCGCAGCGGCCGUACACAAGUCUCGGCUCGCUCCGCGACCAGCUCAUCUACCCGAUCACCGCCUCGGAGAUGCGCGCUCGCGGAGACACCGAUGAGGACCUGCUGGAGCUGCUGCGCAUUGUCGAGCUUGCCGACAUUGUGACGCGCUUCGACAAGGGCUUUGACGCGCAGACGGACUGGAACUCGUCGCUCAGUGGCGGCGACAAGCAGCGGCUCGCGCUGGCACGGCUCUACUACCACCGGCCGCGCUUCGCCGUGCUUGACGAGUGCACGUCGAACAUGAGUCUCGAGCUCGAGGAGAAGCUGUACAGCCACGCGGCCGCCAUCGGCACCACCGUCUUCUCCGUGUCGCACCGCUCGUCGCUGUGGCGCUACCACACGCACUGCCUUGCCUUCACGGGCGAGGGCUCGUACACCUUCGGGCCGCUCGAUGCGCCCAAGCGUCUGGCCCUGCAGACGGAGCGCGAGACGCUGGAGCACAAGCUGCUUGCCGUGCCGAAGAUGCGAGCCCGCCUCGAGAGCCUGAAGCAGGCGCAAAAGGAGCGCAUCUCGCGGCCCUCGUCGCCGGUGCGCCGCCGUGCGUGAGCGGCAGCCGAGUAGAGUACGUCUAUAGCGACACCCCACCCUAAUACAUCGCCUGCAUCGCACACGCAGCGGAAGCGGCGUGCGGCGGGUGUGAAAGGGCCGGACUGCCAGGCCUGUCAGCCAAGAGGCGCGCUUGGCGCAAGAUCGGCGCCGACGCUGCGCCUUGCUCGCUUCCCCGCACUCGACUUGACGCCGUGCCGAGUUUGGCGCGACACAGGCGAGCUGCCGCGUGAGCUGCGGUUGCGCCGCGUUGCC